AUGCAGGCAGAGAUGCUCCCACUCGUCCACCGGUUCCAGCUCCUCGAGGUGCCCGCCUGCGAAUCCAUAUUUCCAAAAGGUGCUCCAUGGGCGAGAUACUGUGGCAACUACAAAGGCCUCCACAUUGACCUUGUAUGGCCUGGAAAAGAUCCCGCUCUCGGAGUUGACAGUGUUGGUACAUUAUCAGCAGCUCUUGUGACAUACGCUUCUAUACAAUUCUUGAAGCCAGACCUUAUUAUCAAUGCCGGUACUGCUAGUUGCUUCAAGGCCAAAGGAGCAGGCAUGGGAGAUGUCUUCUUGGCAUCAGACGUUGUGUUCCACGAUAGAAGAGUACCGAUCCCUGUCUUAGGCCUGUAUGGAAAUGGAGCCCGGAAGACAUUUCUGACCCCAAAUAUGUUGAAGGAACUCAAUUUGAAGGUUGGGAAGCUUUCAACCGGCGAUUCUCGAGAUAUGUCUCCGCACGAUGUGUUAGAAAUACUGAGUAAUGGUGCUACAUUAAAGGAUAUGGAGGGAGCGGCGGUGGCACAUGUUGCUGAUAUGUUUUCAACACCUGCAAUCUUUGUCAAAGCUGUGACUGAAAUUGUCGAUGGAGAGAAGCCAAGGGCUGAGGAGUUUCUUCAAAACUUGACUGCUGCUACGAAGGCCCUGGACCAAGCUGUGGCCGAAGUGGUCAAUUUCAUCAGUGGCAAAUGCUAA